AUGGAGAAGGCGGCUCUCAUGAGGGCACAUGAGGAGGAGCUAGUUAUGGCACUUAGUCGUCAGAUGGAAUCUCAUAAACACGAUAAAGGCUUCGAUGAUGAUGACCACAGGUUAGCAGAGGGGAAGAGGGUGGCGGCCCCUUGGAUUCCUCCCGAGUAUGUCAGUCGCGUCCUCUGGGGUGGUAUGAUAAGGCAUCCCGUUCAGAGUAUGGAGUCCCCUACUCGUCCCUCACCGGUCAGCUGGACGAUAUCUGUCACCGAUCUCACACCUCGCAAGAUCAACAACAGCCCUCGACAGCUCACCAAUAGAGAUCCUCGAAAAUCUAGCGACAACCAUCAACAUGUUAAGAAGGCUCCUCGACGAUCCAGCAACGCCCCUCGAGUGACCAGCAGCACCCCUCGAGUGACCAGCAACACCCCUCCAGUGGCCAACAAUACCCCUCGAGUGACCAACAACACCCCUCGAGAGACUAGCAAUACCCCUCGAGGGACCAGCAAUACCCCUCGAGGGACCAGCAAUACCCCUCGAGGGACCAGCAAUACCCCUCGAGUGACCAGCAACACCCCUCGAGAGACUAGCAAUACCCCUCGAGGGACCAGCAAUACCCCUCGAGGGACCAGCAACACCCCUCGAGGGACCAGCAAUACCCCUCGAGGGACCAGCAACACCCCUCGAGAGACUAGCAAUACCCCUCGAGGGACCAGCAAUACCCCUCGAGAGACUAGCAAUACCCCUCGAGGGACCAGCAAUACCCCUCGAGGGACCAGUAAUACCCCUCGAGGGACCAGUGACAGACCAGAAGAUUCGAUCACAUCGAAGAUAGUCCCUACAAACUACCAAGACUGCAAGGGAGCCUCGAAGAAGAAAGGCUUCAACACAGCGCUCGAGGCCGUCAUGUCGUUGGUGGAAAAGCAUAAUAAUGAAGCCAAGAAUAUGAUGGCAUCAGCUGGAGUCGCCGAAAUCUUUCACAGUGCUGUUGAUAAUAAGGAGGGAGACGAGCCGAGCAAAGGCAUCAGCUCAGAGGAGCAGCAGCCCCAGACGGUUAUACCCGAUGUGGUUGCCUCUGAAGACAGCUUCGUGUCACCGGAUGAGGGGGAGGUGGAUACAGUAACUGUUACACCUCCCAUAGUGGUAUCGGCUAGCAAUGUGGUGAAUAAGGCAAAGCCCAAGACCGUCCUGGACAUGCCUGUAGGAGGCCACACUUAA